AUGAUUAUCCGCAGCACCUACUUCCAGCACAAACCUCGCUUCAGCUACACCUGGAGAUCACCGCAGAACACUUAUUCCCAGAUUGACCACGUUUUGAUCGACGGACGACACUUCUCGGAUAUCAUCGACGUCAAAACCCUCAGGGGUGCAAACGUCGACUCGGACCACUUCCUACUCAUGGUUAAGCUUCGCCAAAAACUGUCCGUGGCUAACAAGUCACGGUCACAGCCUACCCCGCGGCUAAACACGGACCGGCUGAAACUAGCUGAUGUGGCAGGGGACUACGCGGCAGCCCUCGGGGAGGCUCUGCCGGACGACGACGCAGUCACCACGAUGUCCCCCACAGCCCACUGGCGUAUAGUGGAGCGUGCCAUCAGCAAAGCAGCGGAACGACAUGUCGGCUACAUGACACGCAGCCAGAGGAAGGAGUGGUUCGAUGAUGAGUGCAGGCGAGCACUAUCCGAGAAGAAUGCAGCACGCGCCCGAAUGCUGCAACGGGAAACUCGUCAGAACGUGGCGAACUACAGACGGCUGAGGAGGCAGCAGACUCGACUGUUUCAGGAGAAGAAGCGUCUUCUGGGGGAGUCGGAAGAGCAGCAGAUGAAGCGGCUUACUCAGUCGGGGGAAACUCGUAAGUUCUACAGGAUGCUGAACGCGGCGCGGAGUGGUGAUGUCCGCAACAUCACAUUGUGCCGCGAUGCAGAGGGGAGUAUUCUGGCGGACGAACGAGAGAUGAUCGACAGGUGGAAGUGCCACUUCGACGGACAUCUUAACGGAGCACAGGCAAGAAACCUAGGUUUGGGGGUGGAAUGCAGAAUCGAGCAGCACAUCAGUCUGGUGGCAGGUGACGAAGUGCCCACGCCAUCUUUGGAAGAGGUAACUAGUGUCAUCAAGCAGCUGAAGAACAACAAAUCAGCAGGCAGCGAAGGCCUAGCUGCCGAGCUCUUCAAGAUGGGGCCGGAGAGGCUUGCCGUCAGUAUGCACCAGCUGAUCGUGAAAGUUUGGGAACAGGAAGAACUACCGGAGGAAUGGAAGCUGGGUAUCAUCCACCCAGUCUAUAAAAAGGGCGACAGGCUGGACUGUGGGAACUACCGUGCCAUUACAGUCCUGAACGCUGCCUACAAGAUCCUGUCCCGAAUUCUCUUCUGCAGACUUGCCCCACUUGCCUCAGAUUUCAUCGGGAGCUAUCAAGCCGCCGCGAAAUCGGUCGUGGAACCGGGAUCGGUGGAUGUGACUGUUGAUGCGAUGCCAAACAUUCACAUGCGUGACCUUGCGUGUGAGGAAUUAACUCGCAUAUUUGACAACAUUUCGCUGGCGAAGAAAGAGGUAAAGGCGCUGACUGCGGUACAGUGCAAAGUGUAUGGAAAAAAGGCGGAUAGUGCAUUAGAAGAACACAACAAGCAUUAUACAGAAAUUAUCAAUGUGAUAUCUCAGCGGAACUCUACUGAUAGUUAG